AUGAGCCGCCCAUCGUCCACCGCCCCGCUCCUUCCCCCUACCUCUUCACCCUCUUCACCCUCUAGUCGACGGAGCAGCCUUGUCUCUCCUCCCUACCGCUACUCGCUCACCGUCGGCAGCGUCCCCCGCUUCCCCUCGCGUUACACCGUUGACGAACCCUCUCAUUCUACUCGACCCACCUCCAUGACGACAUUUCCCUUUCCCCACCCCUCUCCUCCUUCACCACCUUCAUCGAAAACCCUUCUCGAGCGGUGGCACGAUCUUCUAACCAAGAUCUUUGCGGGACCGCAUGAGCGGCAGUUGCUGCGCGAGGAGGAUGCGGAUAACACCACGGCCGCCUCGAUCAUCUCGAGCAUCACCUCGCGCCCCCACUCCUACGGUUCAACCGACCCGUAUGGGUAUCGCGAGCUAGCCGGCCCAUUGUUACCCGAAUACUCAGCCGAGAUCGCGACGAGGAGAAGGGAGAGACGCCGACAACGCGCACGUGCACGAUUCGAGUGCAUGGCUAGCUGGACGAUUUACACCGUCUCCAUCGUUCUGGGGAUCAUCGUGGUGAUCUUACUGUUCAGCUUCUACUUUCCCGACAAGUUGGACAUUCCAAAUGCAUAG